GCGUGGUAAUGCAGCCUGUGAUGCGAAGCGGAGCUCAACUGGGCUAGCAAACAGGAGCUACCCCCAAAGAAACCGCUAUUGUUCUGCCCCGCUCUUAUCUGAAUGGAGCAAAUAUCCUGGAUGUAAAAUACAGAUAUAUUUUAAUCGAGAAGGCAGGACCAGCGGGGAGACAGAAUGUUUCCUCCUCAAGUGACUUCACUUCCCAAAAUUAGCAGAAAAAAAAGUUUCAUCCGGUUAACUGUCUCUUUUUCGCUCCACUGCACCAACCAAAAGUAAAAAAGAGCGAGCGAGCGAAGGAAAGGAAAGUAAAAUCAUUGGAAGGGGGGAAGAAAAGCCAGCGCGAAAGGAAGGAAGAUAAGAACUUCAGGGGGCUUCGGUUCCAGGCUAAACCGGGUCAAUGUGUGGAAUAUUGGUGGAAUCGGCUGGAGAUUAUUCUCGAUGGACGGAACUAUUAAAGAGGCCCUUUCGGUGGUGAGUGACGACCAGUCCCUCUUCGACUCCACGUACAGCGCUGCCGCUCACCUCCCCAAGGCGGACAUGACGGCCUCAGGGAACCCCGACUACGGCCAGCCUCACAAAAUCAACCCUUUACCUCCCCAGCAGGAGUGGAUCAAUCAGACGGUCCGGGUCAAUGUCAAGAGGGAAUAUGAUCAUAUGAAUGGAUCCAGGGAGUCGCCGGUAGACUGCAGCGUUAACAAAUGCAGCAAACUGGUGGGCGCGGGGACGGAGUCCAACCCGAUGAGUUACAGCACCUACAUGGAUGAAAAGAAUGGCCCUCCCCCAAACAUGACCACCAAUGAGAGGAGAGUCAUCGUCCCAGCAGAUCCCACCUUGUGGACCCAGGAACACGUGCGCCAGUGGCUGGAGUGGGCUAUAAAGGAGUAUGGAUUAAUGGAGAUUGACACAUCCCUCUUCCAGAACAUGGACGGAAAGGAACUGUGCAAAAUGAACAAAGAAGAUUUCCUCCGAGCCACCUCCCUUUACAACACAGAAGUUCUGUUGUCUCACCUCAGUUACCUCAGGGAAAGUAGCUCAUUGCUGGUCUACAACACUCCAACCCACACAGAGCCCUCCUCACGACUCGCAGCCAAAGAAGAUCCUUCCUAUGAUGCGGUCAGGAGAGCCGGAUGGGGCAAUAACAUGAACUCCAGCCUCACCAAAAGUCCCCCGGUUGCAGGGACUCAAACUGUGAAUAAGAAUACAGAACAGCAACGGCCCCAACCAGAUCCCUAUCAAAUUCUGGGACCCACCAGCAGCCGCUUAGCCAACCCAGGGAGUGGGCAGAUCCAGCUGUGGCAGUUCCUCCUUGAGUUGCUGUCGGACAGUUCCAAUGCCAACUGCAUCACAUGGGAGGGGACCAAUGGGGAGUUCAAGAUGACAGACCCUGACGAGGUGGCCAGGCGCUGGGGAGAGCGCAAGAGCAAGCCCAACAUGAAUUACGACAAGCUGAGCCGAGCCCUUCGAUACUACUACGAUAAGAACAUUAUGACCAAAGUGCACGGCAAAAGGUAUGCCUACAAAUUUGACUUUCACGGCAUUGCCCAGGCUCUCCAGCCUCAUCCAACUGAGUCUUCAAUGUACAAGUAUCCAUCAGAUCUUUCCUAUAUGCCUUCUUACCAUGCCCACCAACAGAAGGUGAACUUUGUGCCCCCCCAUGCUUCCUCCAUGCCUGUCACAUCAUCCAGUUUCUUCGGAGCAGCAGCAUCCUAUUGGACCUCCCCUACGGGCAGCAUCUACCCAAACCCCAAUGUCCCGCGUCAUCCCAACACUCAUGUACCAUCGCACUUGGGCAGCUACUACUAGAUGUUUUUACCUUCAGUGGCCUUUAUCAAUCUGGUUGGAUGCUCUCUUUACUUCUGGGAUUUUUUGGACCUUUUUUGGAUAUUUUGUGGGCCAUUGUUGCGGGGGGAAUUAAAAACUGGAUAUUAGUUAUUCUUGGAUCAAACCUUCUCUCUCUUUUUUUUUUUUUUUUUUUUUUUGUAAUUUUGCCUCUUCUAUCUUGAAAUGAGAGAUGGAUACCUCUGCAGGCCAGUACUCUGUGUUUUUAUUUUGGUUCUAAGUCUUAUGUCCUCUGUAGGAAUUGUCCAUGAAGAUUGCUCACUACAACCUGGAAUGAUUAUCAGCAUUUGAAUUUUUACGAGACAAGAGAAAAAAAAUUAGCAGUCCGAAGGCUCUUAACAAGACAUAUAUCCAGCCGUGGGUCUUAGAAGAAUGCUAUGUUUGUUUAACGGGGACUUAGGACUACAUGUGUGUUUUUGGCAGGAGGGUUUCUGAUUUCGGGGAGGGGAUGGAAGAGUCAGAUAUUAUGUUGUGAGGAUCUGGGGCAGCAGAGGAUGGCAACUGGAAUCUUAGCUUUAAUUAAGGCCAAUGAGGUUUUUCACCCAACUGGAAAUUUUAUAUAUAUAAAGAAGUAAAGGGCAUUGAAGGAACCUUUCUAGAGUGUGCAACUUGUGUUGGACUGUAUAUUAACUCCAGAAACAUCUGAGACCAGAACAAAAGAAAGUAACCUAACAUCAAGCACAGACAUUCCUUGAGAGCAAAAAUGAAAUAAACGACAGCAGAUCCUGGAGAGCUCUGCCAAAGCUUUCGGGAUCGCUAAGCGCUACCGAUUCGCGAACGCUGUGCGUUUGUCAGACCGUCAUUCUAAGGGUCAGCUAAUCAGAAGGCUACUUACUGUAUAAGUUAUGCAGAGUUAUUUUUUCCCUAUAUCUCACAAUAUUAAAAGAAAGAUGAAAUAAAACGAGUUGACCUCAGUCACAAAUGCAGGUUAUUUUUACUACCAGAUCAGUUGUUUGUGGGUUUUUAUGUUGUUGUUUGUCUUGUUUGGUUUUUUUUAAAUGUAAUUUGUACAUCUUUUCAAUCUGUACAUUUGGGCUGUAGCUUUGUACUUUUUGCGAAAAAAAUUAAAAUGAAAAAAAGAUACACGUAAAGUAUCUGGUGGGAAUAGAGCCCUGAUUCCACAACCGGAUCCAGGCAGAUUUCUUUCCUAUACUAGUGUAAAACACAUCUGAGCUCAUUGGGAGUGUCUAAAGCACAGUUUUUGUGCUCCUGUUUUAGCUUGAGUUCGUUGAUGCUAAUUAACUCAAGUCAGCCAACAUGUUUGUAUUCAAGCUAGUUGAAAAAAAGGAUCAACAUUUUCCAAAUUUUUCACGACAAUUUUCCAUCAAAACUGAGUUUUUCAAACAUUUUGAUAAUUCUAUAAAGCUGGAUGAAAAUCAGCAAACAUUCCUCCCCCCACACAAAAAAAUUUGAAAAGCUUUUGCAGAACAUUUUUAUCAAACAUUUGAAAAAUUUCAACUACCUCUAAUUUGCGAAGCUAGUCUUGAUGAUCCAGGAAUGUUUAUUUCAGGACAGAAAUAUGAAGGUCUUGGAACAAAUGUUUAUAAAGGUCUUAGAUUGGUACUUACAAGCUUAUUAGCUAAUUUGGAAUUAAUUGACAAUCAUUUAACAGGAGCAAAAAUAUCUAGUGUAGACAUAACCUCUGAAUGUCUGUGUCAGUGCAAGGUUUAGUCCACGUGUAUUUGCUUGCAGAAUUGGGACCUUAAAACAGAACAUUAUAGUUUGGUCAUAACUUUAAACAGAAGCACUGAUGCCAUUAUUUAACAAAAGAGGAAAACAAGAUCAAGCUAAUCAGUUUAGGUCUUAGUGCUUUUGGAAUGUUUAUAGGUAACAUUACUGCAAUAAUCGCAAAAAAAAUAAAAAAAUAUUAAAAAAAUUUCCCCAUGGAAAUGGGCUUUUGCUACUAUAUAUAUGCAAUGUAUUUUUGGAUAUUAAAAUAUAUAUAAUUUUGCAAGUAAUCUUUGUGGGGUUUUUUAAAAAAAUGUAUUAAAUGUUACGCUGACAACUGUUGUAUGAGGAUUAUGAUGUAAAAAAAUGUGAGAAAAUAAAUGGCUGUUUUCUUCUCUAA